UGGCUGGGACGAAGGCCGCCUACCACAGCAGGUGGACAGGUCUUAAGCAGCGGCUUCUCUGAGGGGUAGAGAGCUGGGCAUGGGCCUCCCGAGGCCUCGCCAUGAGCUUCCUGAUCGACUCCAGCAUCAUGAUCACCUCCCAGAUACUGUUUUUUGGAUUCGGAUGGCUUUUCUUCAUGCGCCAGUUGUUUAAGGACUAUGAGGUGCGUCAGUAUGUGGUGCAGGUGAUCUUCUCCGUGACCUUUGCAUUUUCAUGCACAAUGUUUGAGCUUAUCAUCUUUGAAAUCUUGGGAGUUCUGAAUAGCAGCUCCCGUUACUUCCACUGGAAAAUGAACCUGUGUGUCAUUCUGCUCAUCCUGGUUUUCAUGGUGCCCUUCUACAUUGGUUAUUUUAUCGUGAGUAACAUCCAACUGUUGCACAAACAGCGCCUGCUCUUUUCCUGUCUCUUAUGGCUGACCUUUAUGUACUUCUUCUGGAAGCUGGGAGAUCCAUUCCCCAUACUCAGCCCAAAGCAUGGAAUCUUGUCCAUAGAGCAGCUCAUCAGCCGGGUAGGCGUGAUCGGGGUGACACUCAUGGCUCUGCUUUCCGGAUUCGGUGCUGUCAACUGUCCGUACACAUACAUGUCCUACUUCCUCAGGAACGUGACUGACACAGAUAUCCUUGCCCUGGAACGGCGACUGCUGCAGACCAUGGACAUGAUCAUAAGCAAAAAGAAAAGAAUGGCCGUGGCACGGAGAACCAUGUUCCAGAGGGGGGAUGUGCAGAACAAGCCGUCGGGACUCUGGGGCAUGCUGAAGAGCGUUACUGCCUCAGCCCCAGGAAGUGAAAAUCUGACGCUUAUCCAACAGGAAGUAGAUGCUUUGGAAGAACUGAGCAGGCAGCUUUUUCUGGAAACAGCUGAUCUGUAUGCUACAAAGGAAAGAAUUGAAUACUCCAAAACAUUCAAGGGAAAGUAUUUUAAUUUCCUGGGUUAUUUUUUCUCUAUCUACUGUGUCUGGAAAAUUUUUAUGGCUACCAUCAAUAUUGUUCUUGAUCGAGUUGGGAAAACUGACCCUGUCACCAGAGGCAUCGAGAUCACUGUGAAUUAUCUAGGAAUCCAGUUCGACGUGAAGUUCUGGUCUCAGCACAUUUCCUUCAUUCUAGUUGGAAUAAUCAUUGUCACAUCCAUCAGAGGACUGCUGAUCACGCUUACCAAGUUCUUUUAUGCCAUCUCCAGCAGCAAGUCCUCCAACGUCAUCGUCCUGCUGUUAGCACAGAUAAUGGGUAUGUACUUCGUGUCCUCUGUACUGCUGAUCCGAAUGAGCAUGCCCCCAGAGUACCGCACCAUAAUCACAGAAGUCCUUGGGGAGCUUCAGUUCAACUUCUAUCACCGUUGGUUUGAUGUCAUCUUCCUGGUCAGUGCCCUCUCCAGCAUAUUGUUCCUCUAUCUGGCUCACAAGCAGGCACCAGAGAAGCAUAUGGCCCCCUGAACUCAGACCUCCCCUACCAACUUCAGGAAAGGAGACACAGUGGGGAGGGAGACCAGAGCCUACAGCUCUUUAAACAGGCAGAGCUGCAAGUCUGUUCUCAGGCACAUGCCUACUUCCUCCUGAGAUACUGGAAUCACGAGUAGCUUCAACUAAGGCACAAGAAGAAAACCUGCAGCUUUCAGCAGGGAGCCGCCUGGAUCUGAGGCUGUGCGGUGAGGAGGAGAGGGCCAGAGCAUGAGGAUACCCGGAGCUCCUGAGUACGUGGCUUCUCUCGAAAAUACUAGUAAAAUCAGUUUGUAACACUUUGGCUUUGGGGUCACUUGUCCAGCACAGCUUGGUGUUAUGCUAUUGUGGUCUGUCGUGAAAUGCAUCUCUCCUCCUCACCCAACUUUACCCCAUAAAAAUAACCAAAAGGUUUUUUCUUCUUUUCUGGGAAAGGGGUAAUAGGCAACAGAUAGAUUUUACCAAGUAGAUUUUAGGUAUACCAAUCUUUAUUUCCCUUUAAAUUAGAGCAGAGUGACUGCCCUGUGCUGAUCCAGCAGUGGCUGCCUUGGGUUGGCUUUCCCUCUGCCUCAGUGCUGUGGGUAGACGUUAACUAGAACAAGCCCUUUCCUGUUCUGAAACAUAAGCUCUCCGCCAAUAAAAGGAAGGUGUUGAGAUUUUGGGUUUUUUUUUUAAUACUCAAAUGUAACAUAAGAAAAUGCUGAAGUAUAUUUCCUGGAAGCCUCCUUUUAUUGCUAAGGCCACAGUAUGUAUUUUGACAUGUUUUGGGCUUCUGGAAGCAAAUGAGAAAGCAUGAAAUGUUUUUAUCGAACAAAGACAAUAUUGAGAUUCUAUUAGCCAACAGGGAAAUUGCAAACAACUCAAAAGCACUUAACAACGCUGCUUUGCCACAGCAUUGCUACAAAAGCACACUUCUGUAACAGACGUCUGCUUGAUGCUUUAAUUAGCAGCGCUCACACAGACAGUGAAUCAUCCCAGGUGCUCAAGCCUACAGAAGGAAGAGGGCUCAUCAACAGAAGUGAAAAGUUGCACUUUGGAAGAUACCACCUAGAAAGAACCUGAACCUGGUCCCUUCUCUGGCCGAGUUGAGCUUAAAUAAGCAACCUGCAGUAGCAGCCCUUUACAACAACGGACAGUCUCGGGGGACAGAUGGCCCAGAGGUCUGAUGGGGUCGGCAGGGCUCAUUCCUCGGAGAGGCAGUUCCUGGACCCUCAAGAGGAAGCAUCGUUUGUUCUCUUCACAUCUCCGUGUCUUCAGAGUUGGAAGAAGAGUGUGAGGCUGUGCUGAGAGUCUGUGCAAAGGAAAAAGACAAGGGUUUACUGCAGGAGAGAGAGCAAGGCUGAUCUAGAGCAGGCAUGCCUUAAGUCAGAGAGAGCCAUGCACCUCUAGAUGUGAUCCAAAUCUUCACUCCACUUGCUUCCAGAUUACUAUUUAACACAAACAAGUUUCUCAUUGUCUGUGUAUAUACCAACAUACACGUAGACAAUCAGUUUUCUAUAAGACCACAUUGGUACUAUAAUUGGCAUGACCUAUCCAUAGAAUUAAAUACAAUGGAAAACUAUAGUGAGACUUUUUCAUAGGAGGCCUGACUCCUGUGAUCUCCUCCUGUGAACUUGGAUGUCAGUUCACUUUUGAAACUCAAUUUUAUCUAUGAAGAGAAAAUUGACCAGAAAAAAAUUCUUCUAACAAAAAUAAUUGUAAUUUCUGCCACUUGCUAAACAUGGAGCGUAAGCCUCUCUCUGUGUGUUUUUACUCACUGUGAGCCAGGCACAGUUCAAACACUGUUCUGAGAACAACUGUACACUUUGUCCAUGUUCUAUAAGUCGGAAAGCUGGAGCACAGAGCCAGGAGCUGGUCCUGCAUAAUCGAGUCAGGUUCUUUGGUGGUCUCCGUGAUUUUGAUAAACUGAUUUUGCUUACUGCCUGCCAACUGCAUGCUAAAAAAAUAACGACACACGCCACAAUCCUGGCACUCAGGAGGCUGAGACAAGAGGUUUGCAAGUUCUAGACCAGCCUGGACUCCACAGUGAGGCCACGUUUCUAAGAAGACAAUCAAUUUGUCCUCAUACUACCUCUCUUUGACAAAACCCUGGCAGGUUGGCCACCCCAUGUCACUGGGAAGCACAGGCAUGAGGCACUGGCUGGGGACUACCCCAGGGAAGCAGGGCCACCACUCACUCUAUCUUUUGCUGGGUGGGCGUCAUGCUCGGACUCUGCUGAUGUCUCUCCUUUCUCAUCAGGGCCAGCCACCAGGGGCUCGGCCAUGGAGGAAACGAUGGGGAUUUUCUUAGCUUGGAAAUAGCGGUAGGCCAUCUUUCCACAGACCAACAGAGUGACGUGCUCCCCGCUGCUCUUGAUUCUCUCCACCACUCUGUCGUAGGGUUCCUCUUGCACAUUCUCCCCAUUCACUUCGAUGAUGACGUCCUCGUUCUCCAGCCCAGCCUUGUCAGCAGGGCCGCCCUGCUGUACCUGUGAACAGAGGUUCUGAGUCGGUUCCAAGCAUGGAGGGAGGUGUGCCAGGCAGCUUCCCUCCUGAAGAGCCUCAACCCUUGUUAACCGCGCUCCUUGAUGGGCUGUACACCCUGAACCCCACUGGGCUCCGCCACACUGGCAAAGCACCGUGCUGAACAUCUGCUGGGCUGAAGGCAUCAGGCCCCCAUCUUAGGAUCCCAACUUGGAAGCUACAGGGUGGUCUCAUUGCCCUCCCCUACAGGGUACAGGCACCGUGCACAUCCACAGCAGUGGGCAAGGAGCACUCUCAGAGGCAGACUUCGAAGUGUGACUACUGUUAGUGUCACGGUGACUUGUGGCUUGCACUGAAAAUCCCAUCCUAACUGACUGUGUUUGCUGAGCUGCUGGAACUAGUCACCAUACCUCUUUGACAAAGGAGCCUGGCUGACCCCGAAUGGCAUUCAGGUGAAAGCCGUAGCUGUCAUCCUCUUUAAGCAGCCUGCAGAGCUUGGGCUUGUGAUCCUCCGCCUCCUCUGUGGGCUCUGAGCCUGUGGCCUCCAGAGGAGCAGGGAUCGGAGCAGGGCCUUCCUUAACAGAACCAUUAGGCAGUUCUUGACUUUGGCAGUAAAGGAGUGGAGAGAAACGAGCCUUUGGAAAAUAAAGGG